CGAAGAGCGACAUGCCUCCCAGCUGGGCGACUGGGGAGGCAGAGAGCAGAAGACAGACAGCACCGGUCUCCGAUUGGAGAAUACGACAAGUCGGCUACAAUUCCACUCCAGUCGUGCUUCGUUGUGGAGAGCUUGCAUUUCGUACUUGCUUUGGGCAUGGGCUGCUUCCAAUCGACGUCCGCACACGAGCCAGGUCCAGGGCGGCGCCGUCAGCAACCACUAGCGCCCCCGCCGCCAUCCACCAACACCAACGGCAACUACCCGGACGACAGCAGCUUGUCGUUUUUGAGUGAGAACCCGCCGCCGUCGCUCUUGCCGCAGAGCAGCACGCACUCGUCGUUUCCGAUGCUCCGGUCGAAUGCAAACAGCAACUCCACCAACAAGUCGUACUCGACGAACGCGUACUCCAACAACGGCACGGUGGGCGGCGAGACGUUCCUCGAUGUGCCCGAGGACCCGCAGUCCGUGCGCAAUAUCUGGGACGACGCGACGCAGGCCGAGAACGGCGCGCGGAAUAUCUGGGUUCAGUCCAACAACCCCAAGAGCAUGAAGAACAUUUGGGGCCUUCUCAGCAACGGUACCGACGCUAGCCACGUCCGAAGCAAUGGGACGGGCCUCGAGUCCAACAUUUGGUCGGGCCAAACCAAGGUCGACUCGCAGGGCCGCCGCACCAACAUUUGGGGCACGUUCAUGUCGACUGCGUCUUCGAACGGCCCCAAGUCGGGCGGCCGCUGGAGCUUCAUGUCGUCCGGCGACGAAAACGUGUGGAGCCAAGGCACGGAUCAGACCGUGGGGUCGAACCCGCGGCCAGCACCACCAAAAUCGGCCGUGCGGUCGACGCGUGACCUCAACUUGAUUGCGAUCGACGAGGAGCACGAGCAAGAGGUGUUCCGAGCUAUACCUACAAGCGAUGCGCCGGCGACGCGCCCGGGCCAAGGCAGCGAUACGUUCCUCAACUCGGUCGUCGUGUAGGCUAUCGCGUGCGAACACAUGUAAUAUACUGGUCAUCUUUAUCGACA